UGCCAUGCACCUUCGUGUUAAUUUCAGCCGUAGGAUGUCUGAAUCACUGAAAAGUAUAGGGCGCUGUCUCUUGUGCUCCCUACAGAAAUAAAACAGAACAGGAAAAUCCCAUAACUCUUCUUCGCGGAUCUGUCAUAAAUCACAAACCAAGCUUGAAGCGUUCCUUUUGUUGUGUUUAGUUCUUGAAGAACUAUUACACUAGUUCAAAAACACUUGUUUCUGUUUCGCUUCCCACCGAGACCUCAAAAGGAGCUACCUUUUCUCUCUCCACUUUCUUUCACUCGAGAUUGAUUAUUUGUUUUCGUUCUCUCUUUUUUCCCCCCUCUUUCCUGUUUUCUGGUUUAAUCUAUAGAUUUCUUUUUCUGGGUUUUACGUUUUUUGAAUAUUGAGUGCCUGUAAGAAAAGAUUCUAUGGCUGUGGUGCUCUUGCUCUUGUUAUUGGUAGCCUCUGCGGUUUCUGCUGACGAAGAUUCUUUCAUCGGUGUCAAUGUUGGUACUGCCGUAUCAGACAUGCCAAGCCCAACUCAGGUGGUGGCCCUUCUUAAGGCUCAGAAUAUCAGACAUGUCAGGCUCUAUGAUGCUGAUCGAGCCAUGCUGCUCGCACUUGCCAACACAGGCAUCCGUGUAACAGUUUCUGUUCCUAAUGAGCAGCUCCUUGGGAUUGGUCAAUCCAAUGCUACUGCAGCUAACUGGGUUGCUCGCAAUGUAAUAGCCCAUGUUCCUGCCACCAACAUUACUGCCAUAGCAGUUGGAUCCGAAGUUCUAACCACCCUCCCAAAUGCUGCCCCAGUCUUAGUCUCUGCCCUAAAGUUCAUCCACUCUGCCCUUGUUGCAUCUAAUCUUGAUGGCCAAAUUAAAGUUUCUACUCCACACUCUUCUUCUAUCAUCCUAGACUCCUUUCCUCCUUCCCAAGCUUUCUUUAAUCGCUCAUGGGACCCAGUCAUGGUUCCCUUGAUGAAAUUUUUGCAGUCAACUAGGUCAUACUUCAUGCUAAAUGUAUAUCCGUAUUAUGAUUACAUGCAAUCAAAUGGUGUGAUCCCUUUGGACUAUGCGCUUUUUCGUCCCCUCCCUCCUAACAAGGAAGCUGUGGAUGCUAACACGCUUCUUCACUACACAAAUGUAUUUGAUGCUGUAGUUGAUGCGGCAUAUUUUGCAAUGUCCUAUCUAAACUUCACCAAUGUCCCCAUUGUUGUUACUGAGUCUGGUUGGCCCUCCAAAGGUGACUCCAAUGAGCCAGAUGCGACAAUUGACAAUGCAAACACUUACAACAGUAACUUAAUUAGGCAUGUCCUUAAUAACACUGGCACUCCCAAACAUCCAGGGAUUGCAGUUAGUACUUAUAUUUAUGAGCUUUAUAAUGAGGAUUCAAGACCUGGACCGGUUUCUGAGAAGAACUGGGGACUUUUUAAUGCCAAUGGAGUUCCAGUUUAUGUCUUGCACUUGACAGGUGCUGGUACUGUGUUGGCAAAUGACACUACAAACCAGACGUUUUGUGUUGCGAAGGAGGGUUCUGACCCAAAGAUGCUACAGGCAGCACUGGACUGGGCUUGUGGACCAGGAAAAGUCGAUUGCUCGCCUUUAUUGCAAGGCCAACAAUGUUAUGAGCCAGACAAUGUGGUUGCACAUUCAACAUAUGCCUUUAAUGCUUAUUUCCAGUCGAUGGCCAAGUCUCCAGGGACCUGUGAUUUUAAAGGGGUGGCUACCAUCACUACCACUGACCCAAGUCAUGGUUCUUGUAAAUUUCCUGGAAGCUCUGGGAGAAAUGGCACCUUGACAAAUACCACAUCACUUGCCCCAUCUUCCAAUUCAACAAGUUCUGACAGCCCUCCACUACAUAUCCAUAAUGUGGAUCCUUUCACAAUCUCUGUGAUAGGUGCUUUGCUAACGAGUACAGUUUUCUUGUAAAACUGGAUGUUUGUAUGACGUGCAAAUCUCGGAUGCCAGUCAUUUGGAAAUUUUGGUUUCAAUUCUCUUGUACAACUUGCAGCAUUCCCAAUUUUGGUCCUCUUGGAUAGGAGUAUAAGGGGUGGCAGGAUGUAGUUCUAUGUUCUAACAUGAGUAUGGUCAUUUGUUCUUGUACAAAACCAUCCAAAAGGAUUGCUUGGAUUUUUUUGUAACUAUUAGGGUGACAUGGUUGUAUUCUUUGAACAGGAUUCAUGACUUGUUCAUUCUAUUCAGUAGUAUGGUGAUUAUGUUAGGUUGUUCAGAAUUUGAUUUCUUGUUUCUUCCAGCUACCUGUUGCCCACACGAACAGAGGAGAAUUCUGCUGGAGUUUUUUUGAUCCGAGUCUCACAAAUUUGUAAUCACAUCUUCAUUGUUUUUACCCUAUUGAGCAUUGCAUUCUUUGCUUGAAC